AUGACCAUAGCAAAAACCUACAACAUCCUCAUCCUCCCUGGCGAUGGCAUCGGGCCCGAGAUAAUGGCCGAAGCCACCAAAGUGCUCUCUGCCUUCAACACAUCCGCUGUGCAAUUCAAUACCCGUUCGGAACUCAUAGGCGGAUGCAGCAUCGAUCUCCACGGCAAAUCAAUCACGGAUGCCGUCAAGGAAGCCGCUCUCGCUUCGGACGCGGUGCUGUUCGCUGCCGUUGGCGGUCCGAAAUGGGAUAAUAUGCGGAGGGGACUGGAUGGGCCGGAGGGUGGGUUGCUACAGCUGCGGAAGGCGAUGGAUAUCUAUGCCAAUUUGAGGCCCUGCUCGGCGGAUUCGCCGAGUAGGAGUGUUGCGAGGGAGUUUAGUCCGUUUCGACAGGAGAUCAUUGAGGGCGUGGAUUUCGUGGUUGUGAGAGAGAAUUGCGGAGGAGCGUAUUUUGGCAGGAAGGUGGAGGAGGAUGAUUAUGCAAUGGACGAAUGGGCCUACUCAACCUCCGAAAUUCAGCGCAUCACCCGUCUCUCUGCUGAACUGGCUCUGCGCCACGAUCCCCCGUGGCCCGUCAUCUCACUGGAUAAGGCUAACGUGCUCGCAUCUUCACGGCUCUGGCGCCGUGUCGUCGAAAAAACCAUGACGGAGGAGUACCCGCAGGUGAAACUGGUACAUCAGCUAGCGGACUCCGCGUCGUUGAUUCUGGCGACGAACCCGCGCGUGCUGAACGGCGUGAUUCUGGCCGAUAACACUUUCGGCGAUAUGAUUUCUGACCAGGCGGGUUCGAUAGUUGGAACGUUGGGCGUAUUGCCGAGUGCGAGCUUGGAUGGGCUGCCAUCUGAGACCCGGAGGAGGACCAAUGGGUUGUAUGAACCUACACAUGGAUCGGCGCCGACCAUCGCCGGCAAGAACAUCGCUAACCCCGUUGCUAUGAUUCUCUGCGUGGCACUGAUGUUCCGGUACUCUCUGGAUAUGGAGCGUGAAGCACAACAAAUCGAAGCGGCCGUACGAACUGUUCUAGACUCCGGCAUCCGCACGCCAGAUUUGGGAGGAAAGGCUGGUACGACAGAGGUGGGUGAUGCGAUUGUAGCUGUGCUGCGCGGGGAGAAAUUGUAG